AGUGAGUAAUUCCAGGAAACUCAUAAUACAACUCAGCAGAUCGCAGCGCAGCGCCCAGCUCAGCCCUUCGCUUCGGAAAACAACAACUUCAUUUGGGGACAUAAACAAGGCGAUUUGAAAGCUUAAUUGUCAAGAAAACGCGGCCCCUUCGACUGCAUAGAGGAAAACGGCAAACAAAAGGACGAUUUGGUAGGCAUUGACAAUGGUUCGGUUUUAACGGUGGUGUAUAUCGGCUUCGGAGGAAUAUUCAGGUGGAUUCGGGAGUUCCCGGCGAAAUAGGCUGAACCUCCAGAAUGGUGCUGAACGCCUGAUGACGCAGGGAAAGUGAAGAGCAAACGAAGGGUGACUUGGGAGUUUGUGGAACUAACCGUGUAGAUAACCUGCAUCAGCAUUAAAAAACCUAAACAAAACUUGGCCUUAACUUGUGACUUUCGAAUUUUUUUUUUUCCUAUUGGAAGAUCCUGGGAUUGCUUCCAUGCAUAGGGGUCCUUAAUUUAUCCCCCACCCCCGUCUUCUGAAACUCCGUAAAGAUCAUGAAGGCUUUUGUUGUUGUUUUUUACGCACAUCUAGAGGGAUGUCUUCGAUUUUAAUUUGGGGUUAUUUCCUGUUUGGUGCGCUUCAUUUAGAUGAAUAAACAAAUGCCCAAUCCUACUUUGUUUUCCAUUUGGGAUUAAAAGGAUCUCGGGAUUGUUUUGGGUUUAAUUCUUUCAACAGCGGGUUUUUUUUAAAGUACCAAUAUAAAUGACAAAGUUGAAAAACAGAUCAAAGAGAGGGUGGGGGGUGGAAAGCAGAAGUAGAACAGCCAUCUUUUGAAAGUCAAAAGGAGGAGUACUGUAAAAGCAACCAGAAUAGGAGCAGGUGGAUUUCUCCAGAGGGAGUGGACCGCGGGUAUGGAAAUGCUGCAGAGAAGAGCUUGGGUUAUCCAAGGCUGGUAAUGCUAACCUAAGAGGCACUCAGUCAUGGACUGGCAUCAACAGAUGCAUUAACUCUCCCCAGGUUGGCGCCUACCAGAUGUAUACAAUCGUAUCUUUCAUAAUUCCCAGGCUGUUUCUGGGGGACUGUCAGGAGUGCCCAAGAAAAUGUCAGCUGACAGCUUGUCAACCAAAGCCCUAAAGAUCAAACGGGAGAUGGGUGAGAACACACCACAUCUUUCAGACGAGGAGCUUAUGGGAUUGUCAGUGCGGGAACUUAACCACCAUCUGAGAGGCCUGUCCAAGGAGGAGGUAGCAAGAUUGAAGCAACGUCGGCGCACUCUGAAGAAUCGUGGCUAUGCGGCCAGCUGCCGAGUAAAGCGCGUGUGUCAAAAGGAGGAGCUGCAAAAGCAAAAGACAGAGUUAGAAAGGGAAGUUGAUAAGCUAGCACGGGAGAAUGCUGCCAUGCGCCUUGAGCUGGACGCCCUGCGUGGCAAGUAUGAAGCGCUGCAGGGCUUUGCCCGUACAGUCACUGCUCAUGGCACUGCCGCAAAGGUGGCAACUGCCAGCGUUAUCACCAUUGUCAAAUCUGGUUCCAACCAGGCCACCUACUCCUAGUGCCUACAAGCCGAGCCAUGAACUAAGUCCUGUCGCCAUGCCUCUGCACAGCUCUUACCUAAAGUGGCUGUAGCUGCACUGGCUCUUUCCUUCUCCCACUUUUGUUCUACCCACUGGAGGAGACACAGUUGACUUGAAGACCAAAUGGCUAAAUGUUGAACUUUGUCCUUAGUCCUUGCCUUCAUUGGAAGAUUGUGGGAAAGUGGUGCCCAACUUGUGUGUAAUUUUAGCUGUCAGUUAUUUGUGAAUUGGAUUACAGUGGCCAGUUAUUUUUCUUUUCCAUUUUAUAUUUGUUAGGUUUUCUUCUCUGCUGCUUCAUACCUUAUGACUGAUUAAAUGUAAAACAGAGAGGUUUGAAGAUGAGAUCUUAGUUGGAAAUGCUGCUUCAGAGAAGUUUUGACAGCAAUUACAGAGGAAGACAGAUAAUUUUUACCUGAUGGGGAGGGAAAAGGGGAUGCCAAGAUUGAAGUCUCCUUUUAAUGUCUAAAACCUAGUGAUUAUAAUAAUCCAGAUGUUAUCAAAGGAUAUCAAUUUCCCAGUUUCUUGGUGUGUUGUUCAGACACAAGUCUAGGUAUUCAUGUAUAACUCUGUCUGCUUUUUGUCGUAAACCAUAGUUCCCAGUUACCUACUGUUUAAUUCAGAGUCUCUUGAUUGCUUCAGCAUGAAAUUGUUGUUUUACCAGAAUCAGUCUGAGCCUUUGAUGUGUAGGCAUUUGAAAAUGGUCAAGGAAAGUGUUAUUGCUUGGUGACUGCAAGGGUGAUGGAAAAAUGGAUCACAAAAGGGAUAUGGUCAAGAAAAGAGCUAGUUGCUGCUAACCCUCCCUAGGAAGAAAAUAAGGAAUUAUGCCCAUUGCAGUGAUUGGAGAGACAAUCUCUCUGCAAUUGUGUGUGGAUGCAGCUGUGCUCCAAAUACUCUUUUGAUUGUAAAAGUGCUCUUUUGCUGAGGUUAUAAGAUUUAUGGACAAAAUAGAAGCAGUUUUCUAAAGAGGGAGAAAGAGAGAGAGAAACAAGGAAAUGGGAAAAGUGAAGAGGGAGUGCAUUAAAUGAGGCAGGAGUGGAUAAAGCAAGUGAGACUGAUGGAUAGUGAAGGGGCAUCAGAAUUACAAGUGAAGUUCUAGAGAAGACAUUGAGGUCUAAAACAAUUAGUUCCGUGAGGGGUACCAAUAGCAACAAACAGAAUGUAAUGAAGAGACCCUUUUGUAUUUUCUUUCUGUUUUUGCAUUGGCAAAAGAGUAGAAAUAGAAACUCAGGAAGGAAAUAUACCCAACUAUUACAGAGAUUAAAACAUUUUAUGUUCGAGAGAACCAAGCUAUAUGAAGGUUGGCCCAACCCCAAGAAGCAGUACAGGCAAUUGGGUGUGGGGUUCUGAGGGGUUCAGAAUCAGUCCUAAUCAUAGCGAUGGGGUGUAACCCUGCACAUCUCUUCCAGUUUCUUUUUUCUCCCCAAAAGCAAGUUGAGAAAGAUCCGGUCACUUACAUAGAACAAGAGAAAGAGGCUUCGGUUGGAAACACAUUGGUGAGAAAUAUAGUUCCUCUGUGCUGUUUUGUGGCCUAAUUUUUGCCCCAUUCAGCUGCGUAAAAUGCAAAACGCAUUUCUGUUGAGGAAAGUGUAGUAGCUGAAAUUCAAAAUGCUUUUCUUCUUUAUAUCUAAAGGGUGCAUUUUCACAAGAGCAGCAAAAUAGCUUGAAUCAUAGCCAAAAAUAAUUUCUGUCAUGAAAAUAGAACCUAGAUUGGGCUAAGCUACCACUAUGGCAGAGUUAGGUUCUCCUGGAUGCCACUGUAUUUGUCUCUUGUUCUUUUGAGAUAAUAUUCUCAUAUGCACUUAGUAGGAUUUACUGUAAAAACCACACUAUUCAAUUUUUAAAAAUGUUUACAAUCACAAUCUCACCCCUUUCAUUGUAGCAGCUUAUAUACCGUCCAGUGGUUUUCCAGAUGCAUUCUGCCAUGUUGGCUGGAAAUGUAUAUUGUAGAGAACACAAACAUGGAAAAAACUGAUAUCAUUCAAAAGCCUAACUUAGUAAAUACACAAACUUAAACAGUGUAUUAUUUCCCUUUCUCUGCCGUGCUGCCAUGAAUCCCAUAUGCCAUUUAAACCAAGCUGCCUGCAUGUAAACACAGAAUAUUAGUAGCAUUGGACUUGUAGAAUCAGCUAUUGAUAUACUGCCUAUCUGUAUGCCUUUUUGGCCAAGCAGUUUUAGCCCAUUGCCUUCUCAUUUUAAAGUGGGUGUGAAAUUUUACGCCAAGCAUAGAUGAUAUGAGAAUAGCACAUCUAUACCAAGAGACACUGGCAGCUCCAUUGCUUAAGAAACUGGGAAGUUUAUACACCUGGGAGACAUGGAUGCAGGAAUUCUGUAGAAAGCAUGGAGAAGGGUUAGAUUAGAAGACUUAGGAAAGUACCUUCUUCCAUUAAAUAUAUGUUGCUAACAUAAGAACCAGUGAGUAUUUGUGGGUAAUCAUUUCCAGGCAUGUGCCAGUGACUUAUUUAAGUGGCAAAUAUGAUCCAUUUUUUAAAAAGACAUAUGGUUGGGUUUACCCAUCCUGCAGCUUAACGUGACUUCUACCCCUAAGAUGGAAUCAGCUUCCAAACCAGUGUUGUCCAUCCUUCCUCUCCAACCUUUUGAUCCUUAGUGGGGAUUCCCUCUUUAACGUUUCUCCCCUUGUCACCCUAUUUUUCCCUGUUCCUACCCUGUGAUUUAUUUAUUGCACGAAUAUAAGUUAUUUUCACAUUCUUUAUGCCGUUCUGCCUUGUGGCACGGCCGGGAUGUUGGUACAGAGCUGUACUUUAUAUUUUAUAUAUGCAAAUCACAUUUUAUCUUCUAUAGAGCAAGAAAAAAAGUACUUAUUUAUUUUCUGACUUACAGUAAGUGUCCUGCCAGACUCCUCUGUAUUUUGUAGAAUUUACAAAUAAAGCCAGAUUUUUUUUCCAAAAUGGAGAAACUGAAAAUAAGUGAUAUGUGCUCUUUUCAUGUGAAAAUGAAAGGGAUUGUGCUGAAAAUCUAGGAAUCAAUUCUGGGAAUUUCAUUGAGAAUGUAUAAUUAUGCAGCAUUAAUUUUAUGUCUGCUGGUCAUUUGCAGACAUAGUAGAGAAUAUGCCGUGCACUUUUAGCAGCUUUCAACACCAGGUAAGGUUGGGGAGAUAAAAAUCUGCUUCUUAGUUACUGGAAGCCUCUAUUGGGAGUAUUUUCCACCUUUUAAGGAUGAUAGAUGUAUCUCUUAUUUAAGUGCACCACAAAGUGCUUAUGUGAUUUGGUUAAUCACAAGACACAUUUUUGUGAGAAAGCCAAUAAGAUUAAAAUACUGUACAAACCAUUAGUCCAAUCUUAAUAAAACAUGAAACAGGUCUAAAUUUAGGAAUACAUAUUUACUCAUUUAAACUACAAUACAAUUUUCAACUUUUACAAAUACCAUCUGAGGCUAAAGAGAAAUAAUUUGCUUGCCAUUAUUUUGUGGCGGAGGUGAAAUCUAAGAUCCAAAAUGCAAACUCAAAAUCUUGAAUUUAUUUUUCUAACCUUCAUUCUGUAUCCUCCUUUCACAGUUGCACAACCCAAAUGCAGCACACAAGGGUGCCUCAUCCAAGUUACCCAUUUCAGGGUACCUUUUAGCCUGUAUGUUUUCUCAUCCAUCCAGAUCACACUCAACCCCAUGUCCCCUCAGUCAUACCUGAGUAUAAAUACAAACAUUU